CUCCCGGACCGACCUCGUCUCGACUCUUCUGCAGGAGGAACCGCUGCGCUUGGGCGCCRGCCCCACCCGACCUCGCGCAAUAUGAAAACGAUGACGGGAUCAAACGAGUUCAAACUAAACCAAACUCCUGAUGAUGGGAUUUCCUCGGUAAAAUUUAGUCCAAAUACGUCUCAGUUUCUGCUUGUUUCUUCCUGGGACACAACUGUCCGACUCUAUGAUGUUCCUGCCAACACCCUGAGACUCAAGUAUCAGCAUUCAGGAGCUGUCCUUGACUGUGCUUUUUAUGAUCCCACACAUGCUUGGAGUGGAGGAUUAGAUCAACAAUUGAAAAUGCAUGAUCUAAACACGGACCAAGAAAGCCUUGUUGGUGCCCAUGAUGCUCCUAUCAGAUGUGUUGAGUAUUGCCCAGAAGUGAAUGUGAUGGUGACUGGAAGCUGGGAUCAGACAGUUAAACUGUGGGAUCCCAGGACUCCUUGUAAUGCAGGGACUUUCUCUCAGCCUGAAAAGGUGUACACGCUGUCCGUGUCUGGAGACAGACUGAUCGUGGGGACUGCAGGUCGGAGAGUGCUGGUGUGGGAUCUGCGGAACAUGGGAUAUGUUCAGCAGCGCAGAGAAUCCAGCCUCAAGUAUCAGACCCGCUGCAUCAGAGCAUUUCCAAAUAAACAGGGUUAUGUUUUAAGUUCUAUUGAAGGUCGUGUUGCAGUGGAAUAUUUGGAUCCAAGUCCUGAAAUACAGAAGAAGAAAUAUGCAUUCAAAUGUCACCGUUUGAAGGAGAAUAACAUUGAACAUAUUUACCCAGUUAAUGCCAUUUCUUUCCACAAUGUCCACAACACAUUUGCUACAGGAGGUUCUGACGGAUUUGUAAAUAUUUGGGAUCCCUUUAAUAAGAAGCGGCUGUGCCAGUUCCACCGGUACCCCACGAGCAUAGCGUCGCUCGCCUUCAGCAACGACGGCACCACCCUCGCCAUCGCCUCCUCCUACAUGUAUGAGAUGGAUGACGUGGAGCAUCCCGAAGACGGUAUCUAUAUUCGCCAAGUGACAGAUGCAGAAACAAAACCCAAGUCUACUUAGACUUCUGCUGAUCUCUUCUCUACAAAAGUUGCCCACGUCCUCCUAACAAGACCAAACUAAAACAGUAGAAGUGGCAAGAACAAUCUUUGUGUUGAUGUUAUUUUCAACUAAGAAAUAUUUGUAUGUUGCAGUAUGUCAUAAUCUGUCAUUACUUUUCUGCUUAGAACAGUAGUGAAUCARUGUUUACUUUAACUGUUAGCUGUAGGUAAAUAGUUCUUUCCUGUAGACAACUUUGCUUAUACAACUCCAUGACAACUUAUGGCUUUUUAUCCUAUCCUAAUUAUGAAAAUUUCCAAUGUUCUCAGAAUUGUUCAAUAAAUUUAUAUUCUAGGCUUUUGAAAACAAAUUUUGUGUAGUAACCUUUACUCUUUGAGAACAAAUAUUGAACUUUAAUUUGCAAGAAUUCUUGAGUUCUAGGUACUUAUUUAUGARAAACUUCUUAACCUUCUGGGUAAGGUAAAAUGAUAAUUCUUUCCCUACCUGAGGAUGUCUGACUACUCAGGUAAUGUUUUCAGUGGUGUGAGAGCCUGAUGUUGUGUUAGGAAUGCUGGUUUAUCUUGAUGACCUGAUAUUACUGAUGGAUCCUUGCUGGAGAAAAGCGAGGGCUCUGUAGCAUAUAGUGCUCUCUUGUUUGUCAUCUACAACUGCAUUUGUAGAGAAGUCCAACGUUAAUCAUGCAUGUGAAGAACUGAGGGUAGRGGGAAGCAAGUGGAGACUUUAGGCUGUAGUAGGUUGGUUUCCUCAGGUCUGCAAGUUCAGCCCAAGAAGUUUGGAUGACCUUGUCCUUUUCUGCCUUUAUUUGUGAUAGGAAGAGUGCAAAUGCUCUUCUGCAUUGUCACAACAGCAGUGCACUGUGCACUUUCUC